CUUGCAUUAAGUUGUAGCCAAUGCCAACGCCGCCGUACUUCUCGCGGCUGAAUUGGUUCCCUUCGGGUAGGUAUAUUACUGAUAUAGUCUGAUAGUCUGAUCCAAGACAGAUAAAUUAGGGCCGGAAAACUUCGCCUUGGCCCGCAGAUCGCGGUUUAUCCCUCUCCAAGGGCGAGCAAAGUGGCCACAUGCAGCGCGCCAGCAGAAAGGAGAAACUGGCCGGAGAUGUCCUUCUCUCCACCUCGAUUCAAUCCCGACUUGCCUAGGUUAUCUUAGCUCUAGGUGGCGGCAGGCUUCGAGCAGCUGUCCAAUGUCUAAGACGCAAUGAUGCUGCCUGCACUUAUUCUGUCCAUUCUUGGGCUGCCCAUUCUUGCCCUUGCCGCCGCGACAAUCACCCUCGAGAGGACACCGGAUCUCCCGCACGGUUGGGGAUUGUUGAGGGACGCCCAAGAUGAUGAUUCCCUUGCACUCUUCGUCGCGCUCCGGCAGCCCAGGAUGGACGACCUCAGAUCGAAGCUGGUUCAGGUCGACCGCUCCGACACCCGAGACGACCGCGGCGGGCACCUCUCGCAGAAGCAAGUGAGCGAAUAUAGGAAAGCGGACCGGACAAGUGUCGACCUAGUCAUGGCAUGGCUGGAAUCACAUGGAAUCGAGCAUGCAAAGGCGUUCGACAGCUGGGUCAGCUUCAACAUAACGGCCAAGGCAGCCGGGCCCCUCCUCGGCGCCGAGCUCGGCUGGUACUCGUACGGCGGCGGCGGCGAGCCAGUCCUCCGGGCGAGAGAGUACACGAUACCCGCAUGGCUGAAGGGCCACGUCGAUUUCGUCCACCCGGUCGCGCACUUCAUGCCACCCCGUAGUGCCCACGUGCAGCUAAGCAAGGCUGUAGUAGAAGCCACGGCCGACACGGCCGUGCCCAACGGGUCGGGAAACGCCCAGGAGGUACCCUGCGCCACGGGGGUGUUCCCGGAGUGCAUUAAGAAGCUAUACAACAUAACCUACGACGCGGCUGGCCCAUCUCCGGUCCGGUUCGGCGUCGCCGGGUUCCUCGAGCAGUACAUCAACUACGCCGACGUGUCGGCCUUCCUCGACAUGUACGUCCCAGAGCUCGCCAACCUCGACCCGCCCUACAACUUCACGGUGGAGCUCCUGAACGACGGGGCCAACCCGCAGGCGCCGAUCUGGAUGGCGGGGCUCGAGGCGUCCCUCGAUGUGCAGUACGCCAUGGCGAUCGGCUACCCCACGGCGGUGACAUACUACAGCACGGGCGGGCGGGGCGUCAAGCUCGACGGGAGCGGUGCCGAGAUCCCGAUGACGGGCAGCGACAACGAGCCGUACCUCGAGCUGCUGGAGGGCCUGGUGGCGAAGCCGGACGACGAGAUACCGCACGUGCUGAGCAUCAGCUACGCCGACGACGAGCAGUCGGUGCCGCAGGCCUACGCCCUGCGCGUCUGCGACCUCCUGGCCCAGCUGGCCGCCCGGGGCGUGUCUGUGCUCGCCGCGUCGGGCGACGGCGGCGCCGCCGGCACGGGUCAGAGCUACUGCUACGCCAACGACGGGGAGCAGCGCAGGAUGCUCAUCCCGACCUUCCCGGCCAGCUGCCCGUGGGUCACAUCGGUGGGGGCCACCAAUAACGACGGGGCCAAUCCCACGGCGGCCGCGUUCAGCGCCGGCGGGUUCAGCAGGUACUUCUCCAGGCAGGCGUGGCAGGACGACGCCGUCGGCGCGUACCUGAAGAUGCUCGCCAGGACGAACAACAGCAACCUAGGCAUGUUCAACGAGUCCGGCCGGGCGAUCCCCGACAUCAGCGCGGUCGGCACGGCGUUCCAGAUCCAGUUCGGCGGCGGCGGGUCGGCGGUGCUGGGGACGAGCGCCAGCACGCCGGUCAUGGCCGGCAUGAUCGCUCUCAUCAACGACGCGCGCCUCAGGGCCGGAAAGAGCAGCCUCGGCUGGCUGAACCCGCUCCUAUACGCGGAUAGCGUCCGGGACGUGCUGACGGACAUCACAAGGGGGAGAGGCCAGGGAUGCAGCUUUGGUGAUGACGAAGAGGAUGGUAAAGGCUGGCCUGUGGUGGAAGGAUACGAUUGCGUGACCGGACUUGGAAUCCCGGGGGACUUUGGGAGGCUUUUCGAGGUCCUGGCAUGAUUAAAUAGGCAAGGCUUCAUGAGUUACGAUGGCAACCCCUCUUUCCUCUAAUCGUGAUGGCGACAAAUCAACUUGCUUUCGGUGCUCUGCAGCAGCAGCACUUCUAUC